AUGUUAAAACUGCCCAAAUAUGUGGAUGUACUUGAUAGAGCCCUAAUGACUGAAGCUGACCUAGCUGCUAUGAAACAAGCUAAAGCUCCAAUAUCUGAAUGGAAAGGCAAAAGAUCUGGAUUCAAUUUCAGAAAGGGCCAUUCAUUUCCUAUGACUAAGAAACAAAAUAUGGGAUCUACUAGCAGUUCAAGUCAAAGAAGUGGAUCCGCACCUGUUUGUGCUGAAUGUGGAAGAAAACAUAGGAGUGUAUGUCAUUGUGUAUUUGGUGCCUAUUCUCGGUGUGACAAACUUGGCCACGUGGUGAAAGACUAUCAAUUUAUAUCUGAAGACGCCAACCGUCUUGCAACAUGUUCGACUGGAUUCGCUUCUACAUCGAGAUCAAAUAUAAGAACUAACACCGGUAAAGAAACUUUAAGGCAAGGUAGAGUGUUUGCACUCGUGCCCUGGGACAUCUUGAACACCAAGUCUAUGGUGUCAGGUAUACUCUCUAUUUUUGCUCAGAAUGUGUAUGUGUUGAUAGAUUCUAGUUCUACACAUUCCUUUGUGUCGCAUACUUUUUCUCAUAAAUUGACUAGAACAUUAGAAUCUAUGAAAUAUUCGUUAUCUGUAUCUACACCUUUUGGAGGUUCUAUGGUGUGUGCUUAUGUGUAUCCUGUGUGUGACGUUAUGAUUGGGGGUGUGUUAUUAUAUGUUGAUUUGUUGCCCUUGGACAUUGCUCAUUUUGAUUGCAUAUUGGGCAUGGAUUGGUUGACCAAGUACCAUGAAACCAUUGAUUAUGUAAAUAAAUCUGUUGUAUUCCGCCCACCUGACUUGUUUGAAUUUGUAUUUGCUAGGAAUGGGGUAGUUCCGCCUUCGUAUAUGAUUUCUGCUAUGAAAGCUGUCAAAUUGCUUAGAAAGGGAUGUAGAGGUUAUUUGUGUUGUGCCUUGAAUGUGACUUCCGAUAAUCCCAAUGUGGAAACUAUUCCUGUAGUUUGUAAAUUUCCCGAUGUAUUCCCAAAUGAAUUACCCGGAGAUCUAAUUGAUAGGGGAAUUGAAUUUACCAUUAUGAUACUACUUGGAACACAACCUAUUUCCAAAACCCCUUAUAGAAUGUCAACCUCUGAACUAAAAGAAUUGAAAGUCCAACUCCAAGAACCGUUAGACAAGAAGUUUAUUCGACCAAGCACUUUACCUUGGGGUGCUUCAGUUUUAUUUGUUAAAAAGAAAGAUGGAACCUUGAGAUUAUGUAUUGACUACCGGAAAUUGAAUAAAGUAACUGUGAAGAAUAAAUACCCCUUGCCCUGA